CUCAGCCUCAUUCACUACGCAUUCUUGACUCGCCAGCCCCGCGAACUGCGCAAUCAUUGCCAAGCAAACCUUCUUCAUCUUGCUAUGUCGAUCAUGAUCUUCGACUUUAACAAUUAUUGCACGAAUUCAUCCCCGACUUGACGAAAUCAAGCUUGUCCUCCGACAGCCUCCCGUUCGUGAUACUCGAAACAAACCUUGGUGCUACUGCAGCCACAAGCCAAGAUGUUGGACGAGAACUUACCAACGUUCUACCUGAAGCCUUCUUCCGACAACCCUCUCUCCAGCACCAUCUUCCUGAGCGAGCACGGUUCUGAACUUCAGCCUGAAUACACGCUUCGGCGUCCAGAUCCAAAGCUCCCAGGUUCCAAAAACUGCUAUGCAGUAGCUCUCUACGACUCUUACAACCCAGAAGUGCUGUACGCAGAAGUUCUGGUGCAUCCAGAAUGGCAGGCUCCAACACUCUCAGCAGCAGAGAUCCGAGCUCAGAAUGGCAUACCUCCACCACCCGUACCGAUCGUCCCGAACCAGUUUGCUGUUCAGCUGUAUAAUCCAGAUCAGCAAGUGAUGGUUAGGCAGAUUCCAGGGACAACGUUCACUCCAGCACAUUGGGAGUUUGAGAUGCCACAGACCAGCUUUCGAACACCGUCCGCCUCUGCACUUGACCGAAGUCAAAGUGACCCCGCCGCCUCAGACAUCACACCGAAGAUUAGCUUCAAGUGGAAGAGAGACGGGAAAUUGUCGAAGGAUAUAUCAUGUUUCCUGUAUGGGAAAUCGACGGAUGGGAAGAAGAACAAGGAUCCUGAUAUCGUGGUUGCUAUGUACAAGAACAGCAAUCUUACGGUCUACCAACCGAAUAUGCAUCGAGUGGAGGUCGAAGAUACAAAGGGAUUAGAGGUUGUGUUGAUACUGGGUGCUGCGGUUAUCAAAGACAUAUACUUUAACGCAAGCAGAGAGCUAUUCAACAUUGGAGCUCCUGGCGUGAAUGCCCCUCCUGUGAACACGAAGCGAAAGAACAGCGGUCCAGUCAUAGCUGGAAAACCAGCUACACCACCCGUCAUGUCCGGAGCGGUCCUACCUCCCAGGACAGCCGUACCAGCCUCCCAAAUCCCUCCUCAGCAACCCCCAAGACAUGCUCAACAGUCAAUAUCCAGACCCCCCGCCGCAGAUCCUCGCACGCAGUGGGAAAUCGACGCCGAGACCGAGCGACUGAAAAAGGUAGUCGAAGCCGAAGACAAAGCCCGCGAGAAAGCCGAACGCGCAGAGGAAAAACGCAUCAGGAAAAUGCUGGAACAAGAAGAAAAGGAGGCCCGCAAACGCCAAGCGGAAGUCGACAAAGAGACCGAACGGGAGACCGAACGGCUGAGAAAGCAGUACGGUGUCCCCGCCGCCGCCGCUGCUGGACCUAGCGUCUCCUUCUCUCCAUCACUGCCGCAGAGACCUCAACAGCAAGGAAUGCCGCAAUGGCAAAGCGCGCCGCAUUCGCAGCCUCCUCCUGUGAUGAGGCCGCAGAGCACGCCAUCGGGACCGGGACCGUCGGUUAAUACGUGGUUGCAGAGGCCGGCGCAGAAUUCGUCGCCGUAUCUGCAGGCGCCGGGGAAUGGGACGGCGAGCUCGAGUGGGUUCUUUGGGUUGGGGGGGAAGAAGAUGCAGAAGAAGAGGUCGGUGUUUUUCUAAUUAGCGUUGUCUUAUUCAUAUGGGUGGUGUUUGGGGUUGCAUUAGAUGGAGUUUUUAUACUGUUGCGAUUUUAUGAGUCGUAGGGACGAUGGCUAUGAUGAGAUGAUAUGAAAUGCUAAAGAUUUAUAUGCCAG